AUGGGCGCGCCAAAAGUUGAGGGCCUGACGCCCGAGCAGCUAGACUUCUUCAACGAGAAUGGCUACCUGCUCAUCCCAGAUGCGCUUUCGCAAGACACCGUGAAGGAGCUGCUCGAAGACACGAACAAGAUGCUGAAUGACUUCUCGCUGGAAGACCACCCGAUGACCAAGUUCUCGACUGGUGGCGAUGAUGGCGCAGAUCACGUUGGCGACGAGUACUUCUUAGACUCCGGCGACAAGGUGCGCUUCUUCUUUGAGGAAGGUACGCACUCAUUCCUCUGA